AUGCUGGUCAUCCAGGUGGCCGCCGACAUCUUUAACACGAAGGUGAACUUUGAGCUCACCUUCCCGCACCGGCCAACGUUGCCCGAGGUGCUGCGCGCCACGGAGGCGGCGUUCUCCAAUGAAAUCGCCCUUCGCCGUCCGGAGCACGUCCCGCCACAUAACUUUAACGUUGCUAAGGUCAAGAUGUACGAUGAGGAGCGAAACAAGUGGGUGGAUUUGGUGUCGGAGGGGCAGUUGACCGACUACUGCCAGUUGUACGCGUUCCAACCGGAAAACCAGUGGCACAAGGAAAGCCAAAAGGAGAUUCCAGCGGCGGUGCAGCCUCCAACGUCGGCGCAGCGCCCGCUUGUAAAUACCUCCACCUCGGCGUUGGGACGUGGGAAUUCCAAUGGUGGCUCCGCUUCGAGUGGCGUGCUCGCGCCCUACGCGGGCGGCCGUACCCCCAUUAACCAACGCAGUGACCCACAACAGUUCCGUCGCUCGUCACUGCACACGAGCACAACCGGCACCCUAGUCCCCAAGAUACACGCGGAGGCGUCACAGGAGGAGAAGGUUCGUGUUUUGUUCGCCGAGUUGGAUUCGAAAGGGCAUCGUCUGCUGGAGCCAGGGGACUUCAAGCAGGGGUUUCAGACCUUUAACCUUGACCUCUCUGCCGAGACGGUGGAGGACCUCUUUGAGAAGGCCGACACAAACCGUGAUGGAACGGUUUCCUUCUCCGAGUUUGAGCGCUUCUGUCGCCUCUACCCAAUCAUGACGGAUUGUCUUUUUUUCCGCUCAAAGGCCUUCUGGGAUGAGGAGCAGCUGAAGCGUGAGAUUCAGGUGGAGCGGCAGGCAGUGAGGCAGGCGGAACAGGCCGUGGAGCAGGUGCGCAAGUCAAUGGAAGAUGCGGAGCAGGAGGUGGUCACCGCGAUGGAUGCCGUCACUGCUGCUGAGACCGAACUGAAGGACCGCACAGACCGACUUCGGGAUUUAACCAAAGACAUGGACAACGCCAAGAAGGAGAAGGAAAGGGUCAUCCGUGAGAAGAAGGAGCGUGAGAAAGAACUGGCCAGCACGCGAGAUCAUGAGAAGGAGGUGCGCAGGGAGUCGCAAGACAUUGCCCGCGAGGCUGAAAGGUCGGAUCGCCGAGCUAUCGCCCUUUCCGGUGAGGCUGCCACGGCCGAUGAUAAGGUCCGACAGCUGGAAAAGGCGCUAGAGGAGGCGAGGCGAGCGGCAGAGCGGGCGCAUGUGUCGGCAGAACAGGCGGCACGAGACACCGAGGUCAUGAAGCAGCGCGCUCGGGAUGCCUCCAAGGACGUGGAGGAAAUGGUGCGAGAGAUUGCCCGUGCGGAGGAGGCCCUGCGCGGGGCGGAGCGCAAUGUCGCGGUUGCGGACAACAAUGCCCGAGAUCUUGAGGGAUUGGGGCGGGAACUCUCCCGCGAAGCGGAGGAAGCCUCGCAGCGGCGCGACCAAUACGAGCGGGCUGUGGAGGACGCCAAGAACUCGGUGCGCGCGCGGGAACAGCAGUUAGAUGGAGCGAAACGGCAGGUAGACGAGCGAGAAAGUAUGGCGAGGCAGAAGGAGUCCGAGCUGGAGGAGCAACGGAAACAGCGGGAACUUGUGUCCCAGCACGAGCUUGCCUUAAUAGAGCAGGAGUUACGCCUACGGGAGCAGCGGGAUAGUCUGGAGGAGCGCGAGACAAAACUCAUGUCAGAGGCCAGUAGCUUCUUGGGUAAUCUUCGCUCUCAGCUGCAGGGGGGACGGCCCUAA